AUGGCCACUAUACUUUCUCGAGGACCAGGUCCCAAGGACCUCUCACGCCAGAUCCUCGAACAUCAAGCCCCGGAAUAUACCUUCGCGUUCACGCCUUUCCUCUUCCAAACCUAUCGCCAUGGCCUCUCACCAAACCGCCCAAUAUGUAAGGCAUAUUUGCAAGGGCACUGUCCGUUGGGAUCAGCUUGCCCAGACAAGCACACCUCUGCCAACAAUAACUCCAACUUCAACAAUCUGGUCUGCAAACAUUGGUUGAGGGGUCUGUGCAAGAAGGGCGAGAGCUGCGAGUUUUUACACGAAUACAAUCUACGUAAGAUGCCGGAGUGCAACUUCUUUGUACGCAAUGGUUAUUGCUCCAAUGGCGAUGAGUGUCUAUAUCUACACAUCGAUCCAAACUCUAAACUCCCGCCAUGCCCCCAUUAUGACAAGGGUUUUUGUCCCCUUGGUCCGAAUUGUUCCAAAAAGCACGUACGAAAGAUUCUCUGCGAGUUCUACUUGGCUGGAUUUUGUCCUGAUGGCAAGACAUGCAAGAAAGCACACCCACGCUGGCCGACAGAUUUGCCCAAGCCUACUGUCAGAGUGGAACGGGAUCCAGAGGAAGUCGCCGAAGAACAAAGAAUCUUAAGAGAGAAUGCGGAGCGUGAGGAGGAGCGAGAACGAGAGAAGUUCGGAGGCGGAGAAGGUGGUGGUAGAGGUCGUGGCCGCUGGCAUGGAGGAGGAGGAUUUGGUGGGGGAAGGGGACGAGGUGGUGGUGAUCAGAGGCGUCAAAGAGGGAGGGGUCAUUAUUGA